CCCACACAACCUAACACCCCUUGUAAUCAAUGGAUGGAUCAGUCCAAAAUAGAAAGCGUGCCGUAAAAUAUUAAUCUGGAAUAUUGUACGGUACAUUUGCUACACUUACGAAAGGAAAUUACAUAAAAAGUUAUCUGUCUUGUGAAUUUACAUUAGUACAUGUGCUUAGUGUAUUAGUGUGAUAUUGACGUGUGAACACUAUGUAAUACAUUUGGGACGUAAACAAAGCGAUCAAUGGAUCUGAGAUAGUUGUGUAUCGUUACUGUUAAAGGUCGCAGUGUGAUUAUUACGGGACAUUCCUGUCUCGUAAGAACUUUACAUACAUGCAUAUAAUAUUAUGGGGGAUUUUUCCUCCCCCAAGCGGCGGGAUGUAGUCGAGCGCUUAAGGAGGCGAUUCGAUAUUUACAGAAGACAUCAAAAUAAAUCUGCAACCAGAUAUGACAAUACUAUAAAUAGCUUAUAUGAGCGUGAAAGACAAGAAACUUUGUUGUUACGCGAACGGUGGCUACAGAGUAAAGCAAAAAAGGCUUCAAAGACUAAAAAAGACAGUUCUGGAGAGCACAGAAAUUUAGGGCUAACGAAAUUACUCAAGAAAAAGAUCGAUAGUAGCCAAUCAGAGAGCCAGAAUCUUGACACAAGUGCGUUCGAUUUUGAUGAGUCGGACACCAUUACUACACAGAAAACGGUUAAAGGCGGAUCUGGAGUCGACGUGUCUGUUCGCAUUGUUCAGGAAAUCACGGGCGGAAACCCGCAGCAAGUACAAACAAACGUGGCCGUUAGUACUACAGUCAAAACACACAUAGAAUCGAAAGAUAAGCCAUCAACCAGUGUUGAGACAAGUACGAAAUUUGAAUGUAAGCAAGAACCUUGUGAUGACAUUCCUGGUAUACAUUCUAAUAAAUCUGAUAUAAGUCACACGGGCUCCGAAAUCCUUGAUCAAGAAGAGCUGGAAGAAAUAUUAAAAACAAUUGAAAAAGAUGAAAGUAAAUUAAGUGACGAGAUUUUCGAAGAAUUACAAAAAUUUGACCAAAUUUACAGUAAAGUGUCCCAAGAGGACAGUAAUGACUCAAGUAUGUUUGGCAGCAUGACCGGAAGUUCUCCAGGCUUACACAAACAGCCACCUUAUGAUCCCGGAAAUGCUGGAAAUUCCGGAAAUAUAUUCGAGAGUCCACCUUCAAAUCCAGUAAGAACGCCACCCGUCCCAUUUAGACAACCGGGAGCAAUUACUACUAUGACUGAAACUGGACCAGCAGCGGAAACACUUAAACAAAUGGCUGCACAACAUCAAAGUAACCAACACCAUGGUGGCUCGUAUAAACAGUUCAAUACACACAUACAAGAGGGGAACUAUACGAAUCAGUACCCUCCAACUAUGGACACUUCUUAUGGAUAUGGUAACCAACAGAAUAUAAACAAUAUAAGAAACGGUAGCGUUGUUUAUCAGGAAGGGAAUCAAGACAUGUAUGCAGGAACGAAACCAUUAACUCACUAUCCAGGGGUAGCAGGAAACCCCACGCCUUCCUCCUUACAACAAUUACAAAAUCAGGUUCAGUCUUUCAGUCAAAGUCCUCAGAUGGAAAUAACACAAACACAACAAAUGCACGUUAGUGACGGUUCACGGAGAUUACAAAUGUCUCAGACACAACAGAUGCACAUGCGUCAACCGCCACAAAACAUAUCUAUGUCUCAGCAUCAGUCAUUUUCAAUGCCGAACAACAUGGCACAAAGGCAGUCACCGGGUUACAUGAAUGAGCAAAUGAAAAUGCAACAAAUGUACCAAGAAAAAAUGAGACAGGAGCAACGCCACCAAAGCAUGCAGGCGGCGCAAAUGCAACAAUUUAUGAGACCGCCACCCGAAUAUAAACAAUCGGAGGGAUAUUCCGCUAGUAGACAAAACCCCUUACAAACAAUGCAGGACAUGGUCGAACAAACAAACACCAUGCAGACUUCUGGAUAUGGAAGUGUCAAAUCUGAAAACACACCCCAUAUCCAGAAUGGCAUGAUGCAAUCUGCUCAAAUGGCCGCCAUGCAGAGAGGACCUGCUAGCUCAACAAUUAAUUCGGGGCCAGUUAUAUCACAGAAUGAUGCAGGGUAUCAUAUGUCGCAGAUACAACGACAACAGUCGUACCCGGGUGGUAUAGACUCUUCGUUAGUGCGUCAAAAUCGGCAAAAUGGACAUGGGUACACAAGUGCUAUAAUGCGAAACCAGAGACCUCCAAAUGUUAAUGUUGGACCAGAUGGCUUAAAUAUUUCACAACCCCGUUCCCAGGAAUGGCCCCGUCACAUGAUGCAUGGAAAUAUGAACGGAAUGGCCAGGCCACAAAAUCCAAAUAUAAUGUAUAAUAACACGUAUGCCGGUCAAGCUGGAACAACAGUGACUAAUGUUAAUCAGACAAGGCCUAUGCAGAUGACUGCAAUGCAAUCUCAAGCUAUGAUGCAGAAUAAUGCGCAGGCGCAACACAUGAUGAUGCAACAACAGGGCAUACAGAUGUCUCAAAGAAUGGCAAUGGCCAAUCAAAAUAACUCUAGCUUUAAUCAGCGUCCACAACAAGACGACUUCAUGAACAUCUUAGAUAGUGCUUCUCAAAGUGGCAAUUCCGAUUACAUAGAUAAUAUGGCGGCACAAAGUACAGGUGUUAGCAGUGAUGCCGCUUGGUUGGAUGAAAUUUUAAGUGGUAACCGGGACUUGUAAAUAAAUGUGGACUUUCGUAUUCAUGGUAAUUUUAUGGCAGUUUUACUGUACGCGAAAUCAUAAAACAAACUUAAUCACUGCGAGGAAGUUUUAAGGUUCAUCUCAGGAGUUACUUGUAAAUAUUAGGUAGCGAGUUAAAGAAUUGUGGGUAAUGAAACAAUACGAGAUUCUCGUGUGACUGAAUUAGAUUCUCGUGUGACUGAGUUUUGUCGCAUAAUACGCAUACAUGCAUUACACGAAUACGUUAAAUAUAGACACUUGUAAUUCAUACAAAAAGACCUUGAGAUGGCUUCGUUUGUGAUAAGUCAGAAGUACUUAAGAAACCGGAGACUACCUCGAAGUGUGUAUAUCUUUGUAUAAGAAUUGUGCAAAGAUAAGUUUCUUAUUACUUUUUAUCACAAGAAUGUUGAAUCAGGGAAAAUUUAAAUCAAAUGAAACGUAGAAAACAGAUAAAGGCCACACAAAAUUGAUGUUUUGUUAUCAUCAGCCAUAUAAAGGCCACAAUAAUGUAAAACGUGCUUUGUAAUUUCAAUUUAAUUUUUUUUAUGUGUGUAAAGACGCAUAACAUUAACGCUUUUCUUGUUAACACACAUAUUUACAACUUAAUAAAUGCAUUUAUUCCACGAAUCAGUGUGUAGAUCGGGAACAAGGUGGAUGCAUGUGCGUCUGUUACCAUGGUAACAUAUAAAACCGAAGAACUCUUUAAAAUUGAAUUGUUAAACGCUCUGAAAAUUCAAAUUUAAUAAAAAAAUAAAUGGAUAUAAAUACUUGUACAUUCUAAUUAAACUAUAUUUUUUUGAAGUUCAAACCUCUUUUUCUUUUUUUUUUUUGGACAAAUAUCAACUUAAUCAGUUUCUUUCAAAUUAUGUAAUAAUAAAUAUUUUAUGAAACAAAUUCAUAUUAUGAUUGAUAAUUUGUACACAACAAAACAAGGAUGUUUAACAGUUAUUUAUUUUACUGUGGCCUCAGCAGAUUUUUUUGCUUGCAUUUUUAUUAUAUUAUUUGUAAGAAAAUUGUCCUUAAGGAAAUUGUAAGAAAAGGGAUAGGGACAAUUUCCCCUGCUUUUUUGUUUACACAUGAUAUCACUUUUUGAGAAAGAUAAAAAUAUAUAUAUUUCAUGCUUAUUGAAUUUAUGCAGAAUUUACGAAAAUUUUAUAUAUUUUGAUAACCCUUGAACGGAAAGCACAACUUGAGAAAUGUUUGCAUGGUGUAUGUGAAAUAUUUUUGGUACUCAACGAAAAUUGAUAAAACUAGGUGUUGGUGUUUAAUUUUUGCAAGUCAAAUUUUGCUGAUAUUAUUAGAAGACUGUUACUCUUUAUAGGAGUUAUUGUCCUUAAAUUAGGAAUUUUUUUACCCUCUUUUGUGUUUGGAGCAAAAGCUAAAUAAGAUAGAGAGAAACUAAACAGACUUCAAUGAUCAGCAAUAUAAGAUAAAAAAAACAGAGAUUUUUGUCAUUAAUUCUAUUCUCGUCUACAAUGUUGGAGAGUGUCCUUUGUUGAAUAUGCAUAUAGACCAAGGUGAGCGACACAGGCUCUUUAGAGCGUCUAGUUAUUCUUUAUCGGUAAACAUAAACACCAAUGAACUAUUUUUCGAUUUGCGCUUUCCUUGUAAUGAUAACUGUCUCUUUUUUGAUAUUCAGUUAUAUACCUUAAAAACGAGAAUAAUAAAAGCCUUUCAUAUGAAAACUCAAAUUUGCUGGUUGAAUUUGAACUAUUUUUGCUGUCCUCCAUGCUAACGGCGAAAGUCUGGUCGAAUUCAGCAAGCACCUCUACAGUUGAGAUAUGAAAUGUGCUCUGUGAACAUCGCACAAUGAUGGGACAGUUUUCUUCAAAAUUGUCUGCUGAUAAAUAUUUCUCCCGACACUCAAAAAGUGAAACAAACUCAAGGGAAAUUGAACCUUCAUCAUUUGGUUCAGAAAUUCCACAUUUUAUACAACAUUGUUUUAAGUUUUUGUCAUACGUUUCAGAGAGUUGUCGAUCUCGUAAUUUUUAUACAUGUAGAUAAAUUUCAAACUGUAUUUAUUUUUUAAAGCAUUUUCUCAUUCUGUACAAAAUACAUAUAAUCAUUUUGAAUUUAUAGAUUUUAGUAUGUAUGGUAUAUACCAAUAGCAAAGGUGGAUUGUCCAUCAAAUGUAUACAUCUAGCUUUUCUCCAUCCAUCGAAACAAAUCCUCAGUUUAAAAAAGACGAAAAAGGCUAAAUAUGCACAAUAUCUAAGACCCAAUAUAGCCCAAAUGGAAAAAUUAUAUUUAAAAGUCUGCAGCUCUUUUCACAAAAAAUCUUACGUCUAAAAUUGAUCGUAAGUUAUACUAGAAUGUCCAUGAUUUACGAGUAUUGUUUCUAGUAAGAUUUUUUUGUGAAAUUGUUGUCUGUUACUUUAUUCUUGAUGUUUCAGUACCCAGUUACAUGUAGCUGUUAGACAAACAAAAUGUCUCGCCUUAGUAUUGUAGAGAUUCUGUACAAAAUGGCUUUGCCUCAUUUUUAUUUCUGACCAUGUGGUCAUAUACAAUAUAAACGCUUGUUUUUGAAAACUGAAGAUUUGUUUCAGAGUAUUUUCUUAAACGAGAGAAAAACAGUAAAAAUCGACAAACAUUGUUAUUGUUAAUAGUGCGCUACUAUCCCAUCUUUUGGAUUCGGUUGUCUUUGUCUUUGUCCGAAGUCAAAUGUAUAAUACAAUUUGAAGUCGUAUGGUUGAUUCAGUGAGUGUAACAUUUUUCGGGGAGGGUUCGGGAAAUGUUAUUUAAAUGUCCUUUUAUCAUGGAAUCAACACCUUUGAAAAUAUAAGGGUUUGUCAAAUGUUUGUCGUUCAUUACUUGUAUGCUAUAGUAGAUACAUUUGUAAUUGUUUAUUUCCUUUUUGGAAAAUCUAGAUACAUACUUGUUACAUUUAAGUUUUUAUAAUUAAAAUAUUUUACAAUA